CCAUGGUGAGUCCGUGGGCACAUUUGUGACCAGCGUUGACUUGAUCCAGCAGUCUACCCCUACAUCCACACCGAAGAUACGAAUACGCGAGGAAGAAUGGGACCGCCGUAUACACGAGGUUCAGGUAUCCAAAACGUGAGCCCCCAUUCUCUGUGUCUCUUCUAUGAUGAUAAAAUCAAUGGGAAUCUCUCUGACUUCUUUGAUGAGAGCAAAGAAUUGCUUUUAUUAUCUGAUUAUUUCCAUGUUUUCGCCUCUCGUUGCUGGAGAAUUGACCGCUUUCCUUGGCAGGGAUCUUAACCGCCUCAUCAUGGAUUACCUUGUCAUUGAAGGUUACAAGUCUGCUGCCGAGGAAUUUAGCCAAGAGGCCAACCUGACGCCGCCCGUCGACUUUGAGAGCAUUGAGAGCCGAAUGAAUAUUCGCGAAGCUCUACAACGUGGAGACGUGGAGGACGCCAUCACUCGCGUGAACGAUCUCAAUCCCGAGAUACUGGAUACCAAUCCAGCGCUAUACUUUCAUCUACAACAGCAGAAGCUGAUAGAGUUUAUACGGCACGGGCGGAUUGCCGAUGCCCUGCAAUUUGCACAGGAGGAAUUAGCUCCUCGUGGCGAAGAGAGCCCGGAGUUCCUAACUGAGUUGGAACGAACCAUGGCACUCUUGGCAUUCGAGUCGACGUCGUCAAUGCCCACGCCAAUUUCGGAACUUUUAUCGCCCGCGCAACGUCUGAAAACAGCUGGAGAGGUGAAUGCGGCGAUUUUGGAGAGUCUAAGUCAGGGCAAGGAAGUGAAGCUAGUGGGUCUCUUGAAGCUACUCAGCUGGGGUGAGACGACGCUGGAACAAAGGGCGGAAUUUCCCAAGGUGGGGAAUACGGAAUGACACGUACGCAUGCAAUGAACGGAUAUCGGACACUGAGGAUCACCAGCGUUUUUAUUACCCAGUAAUGUGAAGAUCAUGUUGGCUGUAUUUCUAGAAUGUAUAAUUUUUGCGGAUACACUUUUUAUCAAGAACUGACGAGAAUCAAAAGGAAUGCGAC